GGGUGGGACGGGCGGCGUGCGCGCAGGGCUGCGGGGCUGCUGCGGGGCUGCUGCGGGGCGAGGGGCCAUGGCAUCCCUUCGGAGCAGCGGCGCCGUCUGCGUGGUCUGCCUGGAGAAGCCCAAGUACCGCUGCCCGAGCUGUCGCCUGCCCUACUGCUCCGUGGCCUGCUUCGGGAAGCACAAAGAGAAGUGCAGUCCGAAAGCCAGUCUUGCGGAGAGGAACACAAGAUCAGCUGUUCCUGCAAUAAUGACAAAAUCCGUGGGAAGUGAAGACGAUGAUGAUGACGACGAUGCUAUAGCUGAUUUUCUCAAUAGUGAUGAGGAGGAGGACAGAGUUUCUUUGCAGAAUUUAAAUAAAUUAGGGGAGUCUGCAGAUUUAAAGAACUUGCUACAGAAUCCGCACCUCCGACAGCUCCUGGUGAGCCUGGACCAGGCGGACGACAAGGCAAAGCUCAUGAGAGCCUGCAUGCAGGAGCCCUUGUUUGUGGAGUUCGCCGACUGCUGCCUGCGGGUCGUGGAGCCUGCCCCGGAGGAGGACGAGUGAGAGCUGUUCAUGCAGGCACAUGCCAGACACACACACACACCUGCUACAGGGUCCCUGGGCGAGUCUGGGGCGGCCCAGGGCAUACCUCGGCUGAGCCGGGGAAGUCAGGCUUCACCCAGUGCUCUGGCUUGGGCUGUCAGAGGUGGGGCACCGGAGCGGACAAAGCCUUCUGAAGGGGAACAGUUGCUUAUAAAUGUUUUAUUUUUGGUAAUUGUUCAGAUAGUUGUGCUAAGGUAGACAUGAUACAAGUGUUUUCACUCCGUUUGAAUUAAAACUUAGUGUCACUAAAUAAAAUCAGGAUGUGGUGGUUCUGUGAUACCA